AAUCGCUCGCCUGUUCUUCGUGCCCACAUGCCGCUGCUGUCGGCUACCGUCGCUCUUCUGUCUUUCGCCGGCCCGUCCGCCUCGCUGCGGCUCAGCCCCGCCGCGCCGCGCAUGUCCGCCGUCGACGCGCCGCCGCAGCAGGCCGCGUCGCCGGCGCCCGACGCCAUCAGUAGCAGUGCUCCGCUGCACGUGCUGAUUGCUGGCGGCGGCGUGGGCGGGCUGGCGCUCGCCAACUGCCUGGAGCUGUCGGACGCGCCGGUCACCUACACCGUCCUCGAGCGCACCUCCGAGUUCAAAAAGUUUGGCGGCCCGAUCCAGCUCGCGUCAAACGCGAUGCAGGGCUUCCGCUCGAUCGACGAGGAGCUGUACAAGCAGAUCGAGGCGCGCGCGACGUGGACCGGCAACCGGACCAACGGCAUCAAGGACGGCGUCCGCGACGAGUGGUACGCAAAGUUCGACCUCCGCUCACCCGCCGAGUCGCGAGAGAUGCCCUUCACUUGCGUGGUCGAGCGGCCGGAGCUGCAGGAGAUCCUGAUGCGGCGCACGCACGACAACCUGCGGCUCGGCGCCGGCGUCGAGUCUUACGAGAAGCGCAGCGACGGCGGCGUCGUCGCCACGCUGCAGACGGGCGAGCAGGUGCACGGCGACGUCCUCAUCGGGGCCGACGGCAUCUGGUCCAACGUGCGCGCGGCGAUGACGGAGACGCCCGCGCGCGGCGAGGGGUCCGGCGUCACCUACUCUGGCUACACCGCGAGCGAGGAGAAGCCGGACGGCUCCUCGCCGUACCUGCAGAACCUGUUUGAGGGGUGGUCGCCGGAGAUCCACGACAUCCUGCGAGUGACGCAGGAGCACGAGAUCGAGCAGCGCGACUUGUACGACCGCCCUCCCUCGGUGCUCAAGCCGUGGAACAAGGGCCGCGUCGCGCUGCUCGGGGACGCCAUCCACGCGAUGAUGCCCAACCUCGGCCAGGGCGGCUGCCAGGCGCUCGAGGAUGCGCUCGUCAUCUCGGAGCAGCUCACGUCCCUCUCGAGCCGCGGCGACAUCGAGGGGGCGCUGCAGGGGUACCGCAACCGGCGCCUGACUCGCUCGGCGGCGGUGCAGGGCCUCUCGCGCUUCGCCUCGGACAUCAUCAUCCGCGGCUUCGACACGCCGGCCAAGCUUGGCUUCUCGGGAGGCAAGCUGGUCGCCGAGAACCUCAACUACGCCGGCGUGGUGACGCGGCUGCUGCAGCCGAUCCUGCCCGUCUUCUUCGCGGUGCAGUUCGCCUUUCUGUACGACGGCUGGGAGAACAAGUUCUCGCUCAAGCAGCUGCAGAUCGGACUCUCCAUCUUUGCGUUCGGCUCGCUCUUCCUCAUCGCCUUCGCCGCCACCGCGGGCAGCGAGGUCGCCUUCGCCGGCGCCUUUGCCGAGUCCAUCCUUGGCGCCGAGGCGCUCGAGGGCCUGUCUGUCUGGGCGACGGAGCAGAGCGCCGCCAUCCAGGAGGUCCUCAACUCCCUCGGCGGCGGCCCGCCCGGCCUGUGAGCGGAGGAGGACUGCCGCGGAGGGGAGGGCCGGGACGGGGAGGCGCUGCAGAGGGCCAUGAGCUGUGUGCACGGGCGCCAGUCUGUGUUCACGGGUCGAGUAUGAGGAGGGAGAGAGAGCCGAGAGGCAGGCAUGUAUCGUGGGCUGGUGCGGUCUUGGCUCUUUGCGUGUGAAGCGUGUGUCACACAGCCUGUGACAGCCACACCUCAGUUUACGUGUGGUCGUCCCCCGCCGGAGUGUUGUACGCGAGACGCGCGGUAUACAAAUUACCGUGGAGAUGU